CCAUAAUGGGAAUCAUGUGGAUUGUUGCAGCUGGAGGCUGGAAAAAACAUCUCAUCUGUCCUUUAAGAAUGUGUCUGUGGGUUGGUGAGGAGCUGUGUUUGUCAACCUAUGAAGAGGAGCCUCUCUCAGGCAUGUCAUGCAUUAGCCCUGUGAGGAGGGUACACACCACAGCACACCACAGCGGGACUCAGGUUUGGGCAGAAAGCAUUUCACAUCACAGCCAUGGGGCCGUUUGUCACAUUUUAACCUUCUGCAAGGAAAAUGAUUAAAGCAUGCACGAACACGUAUCUUUAUUGAGGAGCAAUGAGGCCGUCCGGGGUCUCACCCUUAUGACCUCUAGAACAUUUGAGACGUUUGUAAUGAUCAACAUGACGAUAUGGUUUAUUGUGCUUCUGCUCUGUCCAAGUCAACUGACAGCACAGUUUGGGACAACCCCCAACAUUAAACACAUUGUGGUUGGAAGGUGUUACAAUUACAUCACUCUGGUCAACCCCAGCUUACGGUAUGACUGUGAGGAGAUCUGGAGACAAUUUGAGGAGGCAGUUGUCCGUCAGUCUUCUUGUAAUGUUACGGUGGAGGAUUAUCAUCAGAUGUUUUAUGCAAUGCCACAAACCUGGCCAUGCGAUAGGUUUCUCUUCUGGAGUAAAACCAGAGCGCUGAUGCACAGCUAUGCAGCUGUUGUUCGUCACUUCUGGACGCUGGAGGAUACGCUGGUUGGCUUCAUGUUCAAUGACCUCAUCUGGUGUGGACAAGAGGAAGACUCCGGUUUUGAUUUCAGCUCUUGCCCGGAGUGGUCAGCUUGUAGAAAUCACCCAGUGUAUUCCUUAUGGAGGCGAGCCUCUCAAAAUUUUGCAGAAAUGGCAUGUGGCAACAUCACUGUAUUAUUGAAUGGAUCGAUUGCCAACGCCUUCAACAGAAAAAGCAUGUUUGGAAGUGUUGAACUGGACAGCCUGAAUCCUCAAAGGGUGGAUUAUGUCAACAUUAAGGUGGUGACCAACCUAGAGGGACCAUAUAUAGAGUCAUGUAAUCAAGGGUCCAUUGUAAACCUGAUCCAAAUCCUCCAGUCCAGAGGUUUUCGUUGGACUUGCAUAGACAACGACCAGACCCUCAUGAUCCUGCAGUGUAUCCAGGACCCCAAACAGUCCUCCUGCCAGACAUGUGCAAACAGCCUGUUACACAGAAAAAGCCUCACAUCCAACUGAAUCACCCACAAGUUUAACGUGUUGUCUGAUAUGGUCAUUGUGUAGUUUUAGGUCAGUGACUUUAGUGAAAAUCCACAUUAGCAAUAAAAGAAUAACCUGACACUAAAGAGA